AUGUUGAAAUAUUUAGGUCAAUAUGAUAGAAAGAGAUUAAUAUUAAUUUCUCAUAACGGCAGUGGAUUCGACAACUGGAUCGUGCUUAAAAAUGCAAAAAAACUAACGCAUUGCCCUUUAAAAACACCCAGAGGAAUUCUAUCUUUUCCUUUAUCUAAUCCAUAUAAAGAUGAAGAUUUACAGAAAAAAUGGAAAAGACAGAAAGAAAUAAAGGGUAAUUAUUUACAACAUAUUAAUUUCACGUGUUCCUAUCAACACGAAUCCUCUAGUUUGGCUGCAUGGGGAAAUUCUUCCAAUCUUCCCGCGAAUUUGAGAAAGAUUGCCGACGUAGAUAUCGCUAAAUACACGCAAGACAACUGGGAGGAAUUGAGACACGAAUGGGAACCUUACGCCAAGAGAGACACUCUCUGUUUGGGAGCUUGUUUGAUAAAAUACAACCAAGUGACGAAAGAAGUUGUAAACCAGAAUAUGUCCAAUAAUCUAACGGCUCCAUCUUUAUCUUUAAAGGGUUGGUAUUAUUUAUAUCAUUACGAUAAAGAAAUGGUGGAAGAAGAAUGGUAUGAAACUACUAGAAUGGUUGCGAAACAUACCGAAAAAGAAAAUAUAGAAAAAGUUUAUUCGCACACUAAUCCUUUUAUAAGAAAUUUUAUCAGACGAUCUAUUAAAGGAGGAAGAGUUUCGGCAAAUAGAAAAUCAUUUGAAACGAACAAAAUGGAUGAAAUUUGUAACGUAUUAAAGGAAUAUAUUUCACAAACACGAAGUAAUAACAUAAUUGAUUUAUUCAAAGAAUACAGCGCAAGCACAAAAGACAAAACGGAGGUUCAUUUGAGACUUAAAAAAAUAGAAUGUACUAAACUAAUGGCAUUUGAUGCUACCGGUUUAUACGCUUCCGCCAUGUCGGAUUUAGACAGUGAAUAUCCGAGAGCGGAAAGUGGAAGACCGUUUCUACCAGAAAAAGAAAAAGAAUUUGUAAAACUCUUCAAUAAACAAAAAUUCAGACCUAGAACGGCUAUUUUAACAGUGUGGUUUGACUAUCCCAAAAACAUGUUCUUCCAACCGAUACCAGCUAAAGAUAAAAUCACUUUCACGAAUAAAGAAGGUAAAAAGGAAACGGGUAACAAAAUCAGGUUCAGAAAUGGUUUCUGUCACGACGUUUUAACAUCGGUCGAUAUUCAAGAAAUAGUGAAAGCCGGUGGACGAAUUAUUAGAAUAUUAGAUGGUAUAGUUUACGAAGAAAAUUUUAAAACUCCACCCAAUAGAGAUUAUAUUUUAAUUUUGAGAGAUUUAAGAAAUAAAUAUAAACGAGAAGAAAUUGAAGAAAAAGAGAUUACUACCGAAGAUAGUAAAUCUACACGACUAACAACUAGUCAUUUGGGAUCAUUCGUUUUAUCUCACAGUAAAAAAAUAAUGAACAAUUUCAUUCACGUCAUAAAUGGAUUUUAUAAACCCGAAAUAUACUAUACCGACACCGAUAGUUUGUACAUUUCAUCCAAAAAUUGGAAAAAACUAAACAGAGCUGGUUUGGUCUCCGAAAAAGACUAUUGCAAAGGUAAAAACGAUUACGGUGACGGUGGAAUUAUAUUUGGUUUAUAUUUAGCACUAAAAGUCAAAUACAACAUCGUUUUGACUUCUGAUGGUGUCUUAAAAGAAAAGAAAACGUUUAAAGGUUAUUCUAAUGAUAAGAUAAGUGUAGAAGAUUACGUUCAGUUAGCAAGCGGACAUGAUGUGUCGAACGAAUUUAAUAAACCAUGGGAAAAAAGUUUCACCAAUAGAGUAGUUAUUCCAAAUGAUAAACAAACUAAAGUUUUUAGAAGUUAUUUGAAUAAUGUUAAAAGAAAACCACCAAACAGUGAAGGAAUUAUGUAUCCUUACAACGACAAAGAUGAGUAUAGUUUUGACGAAAACUAUGAAUUUGAUGAUUUCGAUUAUCUUUCUAAUCAAGAAGAGAAUGAAGAUUGUUUUAAAUGA